AUGCCCAGCGACGUCGACCCCCCAUCCUCCAAACCAUCCACCUGGUCCUACACCGGCUUCACCACCACCAGCAAACCCCGUCGCCGAUCCUCCGCUCCUCUGCCAAAACGAGAGGGCGAUCCCCACCGUUCCUCCGCGAGUCACGGGAGCACAGAUCAGAUCCAGUCGAUGUCGGAGAAGGUGCGGGCCGCGUGGAUGAAUCAGGGACAGCGGGCGCGGUAUAUCAAGACCGGCUGUCUGAUUGCCUUUGUUCUGCUGGUGCUGUAUUAUAUCGUUCCUAGUGGUACAAGUGCCAGCGUACCUGUGGUGCCCGGCGUCGGCAAGUUUCCGGGCGGGGAUGUAGCAUCAGACCCUUCCGUUGCGACGACGAGAUGCACACGGAGUUAUUCAAAGGACAAGCCACUGAUUCAAUAUGCGCUUAUGGUUGAUGCGGGAAGCACGGGAAGCAGGAUCCAUGUCUACCGCUUCAACAACUGCGGCCCGACGCCUGAAUUGGAGGACGAGGUGUUCAAGAUGACGGAGAAGAAGGAGGGGGGUAGUGGUUUGAGCAGUUACAAGGGGGAUGCAGAGGGUGCGGCGAAGAGCCUGGAUAUGCUCAUGGAUGUGGCGGUCGCGUCGGUGCCGGAUAAACUCAAGAGCUGUACGCCUGUUGCGGUCAAAGCAACGGCUGGGUUAAGGAAGCUAGGCCCUGAGAUGAGUGACGCUAUUCUGAAAGCUGUACGGACAAGAUUAGAAACGGUCUAUCCUUUUCCUGUCGUGAGCGAAGAGAGACACGGCGUUGAGGUCAUGGACGGCAAAGACGAGGGCGUCUACGCCUGGAUCACAACCAACUAUCUCCUCGGCAAAAUCGGUGGCCCGGACAAAACUCCCACAGCAGCGGUCUUCGAUCUCGGUGGAGGAAGCACCCAAAUCGUCUUUCAACCUACCUUCAAACAAUCUCCCGAUGGCGGCAUGCCCGAGAAAAUGCAAGAAGGUGACCACAAAUACUCCCUUUCCUUCGGCGGUCGCGACUUCGAACUGUAUCAGCAUAGCUAUCUUGGGUACGGCCUCAUGGAAGCCCGAAACAAUCUGCACCGCGUAGUGGUCCAAGGCAUGCACGAGAAUCAUCCCGAAAGCAAAUCCUGGCUCUCCCAACCCAUCUCUAACCCCUGUCUCCUGCCCGGCUCCUACCGCGAGGUCAAAGUACCUCUGGACGAAGGGCAUCCUUUGGGAAAGACAGUGACAGUCAACAUGACCGGUCCAGUCGCGGGCUCCGCUUCCGCCCCAGCCCAAUGCCGCGCCCUGGCCGAGAAGACACUGAAGAAGGAAUCAGAGUGCAAAAUCGCUCCCUGCGCUUUCAAUGGCGUGCAUCAGCCUUCGCUGGACAAGACGUUCGCGAGAGAGGAUGUGUAUCUUUUCUCCUACUUCUACGACCGCACCGCACCACUCGGAAUGCCGGAAUCCUUCACCCUACGCGAACUCAAAGACCUCACCUCGCGCGUCUGCUCCGGAGGCGAUGCGUGGAGAGUUUUCGAGUCCAUCCCUGGCGCGAUGGAGGAGCUGACGGAUCGGCCGGAGACGUGUCUGGAUUUGAAUUUCAUGCUGGCGUUGUUAUUGACGGGGUAUGAGAUGCCGAUUGACCGGGAGGCGCUAGUCUACCGCUCUUGA